GGUUGGGCAUCAUCAUCAGGCACGCGCACUCAGCUCACCAGCACACAAAACGGGGAAGGCUGCUCUUAUCUCGGGUGCUAAAACGUCAUUCUUUCACUGACAAACAUCUGCUUUCAUUUCCCUUCAAGUUCAAGGUCUCUUCGUCGUCUGAAUGGCUGAGUCUUCAAGGAUAUUCUUAUUUUAUCCUUGUCUAUCGUUCAUUUUUCUCUCCGCUGGUCAUGAAGCUAAACGGUAGUUAGCAUAGCAGCGUCGCUACUCCUUGUAACUGGACAACAAAAAAGUGGCCUAAAAAAAUUAAUAAAUGAAAAAAACUUUCAGGAUCAGCUCUUAGAUGUCUCUAAACCGUUAUAAGCCAGCAAAGGUCAAGAGGACGAAGCAACGGUGCUUUGAAGGGAACGAGAAGUACGUGUGGUGAGAAGUGAAAAGGCGAGAGGAGGAGAGCAGCAGCUGGUCGGCAGCUAAAGUGAAAGAAAACACGUCACGGACAUCCCUGUGAUGGCAAACGAGCCGGUUAUUCUGAACGUCUAUGAUAUGACAGCUGUGAAGUGAUGGUGAACGUCUUCAGAUGCUCUCUAAAGAGGUACAAAAUCAGUACUGGAUCAAUGAGUUCACUACCUCUCUGGGAAUUGGAGUCUUUCACUCAGGAAUUGAGAUCUAUGGCAGAGAGUUUGCCUACGGAGGACACCCUUAUCCUUUUUCAGGUAUAUUUGAGAUAACACCUGGUGAUGCCACAGAACUCGGAGAGACGUUCAAAUUUAAAGAAGCCAUUGUUUUGGGGAGUACAGACUUCACGGAAGAGGAUGUGGAGAGAAUUGUGGAGGAAAUGGGAAAGGAAUAUAAGGGUAAUGCCUACCACCUUAUGCACAAGAACUGCAAUCAUUUUUCCUCGGCAUUAUCAGAGAUCCUCUGUGGUCGAGAGAUCCCACGCUGGGUGAACCGGCUGGCCUACUUCAGCUCUUGUGUGCCCUUUCUGCAGAGCUGUCUGCCAAAGGAGUGGUUGACACCAGCAGCACUGCAGUCCAGUGUUAGUCAGGAGCUCCAGGGAGAGCUGGAGGAGGCAGAGGAUGCUGCAGCCUCUGCCUCAACGCCUUCCUGUGCCGUGGCACCUUUACCCAGACCAACCCGACACCAACCGCGCCGAUGAACACUGCUGCCUUGAGUGACAGGCCAUCUCUGUUUAGAGCUGGACCACAGCUCCUGCUGCCAAUAGACCCCCCACCCCUUUUCCUGACAGACUAGCAAUUCACCAGCGGAAUAGAUGAGCCCCACCCUCUGUGUUAACUGAUUUAUUUAAGUAUGCUCAAGUGACCAUUAUGGGCCUGAAAACAAUCAAACUCGUUUACUGUAAAACCUUACGUGUUUGGAAUUAUUCUUUUUUUGGGCCUUUUAUGUUUUUUUUUAUGUUUUAAAAACUCAGGACGUGAAUACAUUUUGAACAAUGCUCUGUUUAUUCACCUUUUUUAUUUUUUUUUUAUGCUAUUUUUAGGGGUCGUUCACAGCGAACGCAUUUUAGUGUCGGUCUUUACUGUUUUUAUUUUUUUCUGUUUUUUUAUAUGUAAACGUGCGUCGGACGGACACCAUUGACCUUUGCACCAAGUCUCACUGUUUUUUUUCAGUGUCUUGCAUUUAUAAGAUGAUGUGUCAAUUUAGAACUUACCUAACGCACCUCGAGACACCUGCAUUCUGUUCAGUUCUUUGCAUGAAGUUUAGUUUUUUUAGUGCAAGAACCUGUUUGGUCUGAACGGCCCCUUACGCUGGAGUUGCUCGAUGGCCUUUUUCCCCUUAUUCCUACAGAAAGCGCCUAGUCAGUGAAUAUGAGACAUUUUUUAAGGAGAACAUUUGUUUACAGAUUUCUUGUGUUACAAUCUGUAUGAUUGUGUUGUGUGUGCUGAUUACAAAAGCCAAAUCUCCACACUUUUGUAAUGACACACAUCCCACUCUAUGGUGACUGUGCCUGAAGAUUUUUAUCGUUAUGUGCUAAAGAGAGCUCUGCACUCCGUCUCUACCUGUUUGGUCUGCUAUGAGUGGCAGACUUCUUAUCCUACGAAACCUUCCUCAGAUGUUUUACACCUUUUUAGUUUUUAGAGUCUUCUAUGUAUUUGAGACAACAUUUGUAUUCCAUUUUAUGAUUAUUAAAGAAAAUAUACAAC